UCAAAAGCUCCUCGGAUUUCGCAGUGCUCUUUGUGGUGCCUUACCACCUCUCAACAGCGUCCGGCAUCGAGUCACCAUCCUGGACUCAAGUAGAUCCCAAUACUGAACAAGUCAAACUCAUCAUGUCGAAGGUUCGCAGGCUUACCUCAACCACUUGCGCUGCCGAUCAAGCGCCAACAAAUAAUCCAAUUAUGGAGAGCUCCAGCAAGCCGGCUAGCCCAGUCUCUCCUAGGUUCAUAAGGAUACGGCCGCUCGUACCUCCUAGAAGGACCGGUGCACCCUGUGCUGAGCACUCUAGAGCCUCUUCACUAUCGUCGCAGUGGUCUCAAUCAUCUGCGAUGAGUCCUGAGUUCUCUAACCAAUCGCCUUGCUUUCCUUCAAAACAAAGUAGCAACGGAAUUGCAAGGAAGCUGGAAUCCAAGCCUAAGCACAGAAGAACCAGGCGAGGCUUGCGUUCGGGGCCCACACGCACAAUUGCGGAAGAAGAGAAGGACACCGAUUGGUACUCUGAUUCUGCUGACGAGAACAGCGGAGGCGAUGCUGGGAAUCCGCAACCUCUGACGCCCAGGGCUAGCGUAAGCCCUGGACAAGAUCUGCCGGCUACAAAGCUUGCUGAUCAAUGCUCAAUGCGGCAGUCGUCCGGAGCAGUGGUGCCAUCUGCUGCGCAACGAUCUCAGCCAGUGUCCAAAGGGUCUACUGCAUCUACAAAGAAGCGAGUGCCAUCAAGCGAGCCCUCCCAUCCGAGCGGAGAAUCCGCUGCGGUGGAGCAGGUCGCUGCUCGUUCGAAAGACACUCGCGCGUCUUUGGCGCCUCAAAUACUGUUGGAUCCCAAGCUGCCGCCUUCAAGACCACCGACUCGAAGAAGACGGGCAGCUACGACAGAUGCUGUCCCGGUCUUUGACACUCGGCCAUUAAACUUCAGAAAGACAGUCGAUCUGAAGCAAGACUCGCACGGAGAUCAAAGCCAAACUGCGGCGAAGAAAUCGGAACACCGGUCCUCAAAAGAGCAUGCUAGGAGCCAUAGCUGCUCGAGCAGUCCACUCCUUGUCUCGCUGUUGGCCGCGGGCCCAAGUCUUAGUAGCCAAGCAAAGGACAAGAUCGCAGUCGCGCAGAGCGUGCGGACGUCAGCUCUCCCCUCUGUAGAACAGCAGCGGACGCUGGCGCCUAGCAGCGCGAAUCGUGGCUCGGCAUCUUCGUCCGGCUCCUCGCGGACCCACGCAUCGGAAAGAUGUCUCAGUCCACUUCUGGCUUCGCUCAAAGCCGAGCACGCCACAACAGUCGCCCUUUCAGCGCUGCUACAGUCACCACCAAGCAGCGUUUCGUCGUCGCCGCUAGAUCUGAGCAGCGAUUCCGCACUGACUCCACGCGCUUCUUCUCAGAGUUUGCCUCUACAACCUCAGCAGCCUGGCACUCGCCGGGCGCUUUCCGAAAAGUCUCGAAGAAGGCUGCGAGAGAGUGCUAGUGCAAGAGAGUUGCGCGGUGUUGCAAUUCCUGAGCUCGAACAGUGCGCCGAAGAGGCAAGCGAGAACACUCAGGCCAUGAGCCCAAACAUUUCAUCCGAGCCUAUGCGCCAGGCCGAUUGCGCUGCACCACUCGAUGUUAUUAAUGCUUCUCCAAUCAAGUUGAAUGGUCCAUGUCACACGAGUACGCAAGAGUGUGGCUUGAAGAUCACCUCCACACAUGCAGUCAAUCGAGAUGCCGACGAAGUGACAUCAGCUGGUAUCGCUUCGACGAGAUCUUUUCUCUCGUACUCGCCUGAUAACGACGAUAACGUUAUCCAUAAGCGAGGACAAGUUUACAGCGAACUCAAGAAGACACGAUCGGACCUCGCGAGCAAGCUGCGCGCUGCACAGCAUUUUGCUGAUAGAGAAGACGGUGCGCGGGAGUCGGAGCCACCAAAAAGAGCGUCUGGCAGCCCGCCAAGACUUUUGUCCAAGCAGCGCAUCACAUUUGCUGCGGAUCCUGUGGGAUCGAACACCUUCGCUCUCAGGCAGAAGCAGGGCAAAUACGCCGUGUUGCCCGCGGACAGUCCUUUCGCCGCAAUGACGAGGACGGAAUUGAGCCGCAGAAGCAAGUCGCUCGACCUUCUGAGACAAGUCGACAGUAAAGGAGCUAUUGGUGACCAAUUUCCUGUACGCACGGCGAAUUGGUUAGAUGAGUUCAAGUUCGAGUCCUCUUCUGCAAGACCUUCGGUCGACUAUACAAGUGACCGCAAGAGCAACGGGUCAAUGCCUGCUGCCAAGAAGGGCAUCGAUCGCCUGAGGUCUAGCAUCAAUGUGAACAAAUUAGGCAUUCGCCGCCCUCCAGCGCCAUCUAGAGCGUCGCUCGAUGUGAGUCCAAAGUCGAAGCCUGGGCACGACAUAGAUGGAUCUCCUUCGAGUACGCCGUCGCCAGGUGUCCCUCGAAGGAUGAGUUCCAAAGUAGGACGCAAUGCGAAGUCGAAAGGCGCGGCUAAUGAGUCUCCUAAGUUCGACGAGUCAACCCAUCGCACGAAGUCGAGGAUCCUGGAGCAAAGAGCAGAGGCACGAAAAGCCAUUGCCCCACCUGCGGGCUGGAGCCGCCACCCUGACGAGGGCCGCAAGAAGCCUACUCAGGGAGCCAUAGUCAAUACUGACAGCAGCCUCAAGAGCCAGCGGCCCGCUAUCACCUGCGGCGUUGAUGUACAGCCUCCGUCGGCUGUCAGAGGCUCGCGCGCUUUUCCUGUGAUGCCUCCCAGCGCGUCUUCCAGCAAUCCUGGCAACCCAUUGCUCGCUUUUAGUCUGGAUAACAGCGGCAGACUCUCAGUUCCACUCACCAAACGUGCUGAUAGCGCGUCGAAAACAGCGUUCAGCAAGGGGGGCUCAUUGUACAAUCCUUUGAUGGCAAGAGCGGGCUCGGCGAGCAUGACAGCGCUGGGUACUCAGAGAGCGGGGCAUACUGUCAGUAGCUCGGUAGCCACGCUUCCAGCGCUCCCGACGCGCAUUUCUCCUUCAAGCUCUUCUGGGCAAACCAUUCGGUUUUCUCCGCCGGCCGCUACGGUAUCCUCACUAGAUCGAUCAGCUUCCAGCACGUCCUCUACUAUGUUUAGUGCUGUUAGUCACGGCACCUUUGGUCGUGCAACGCAGAGUCCUACCACUCCGCAAGACCGUCAAGGUCCAAGCUCUGCUCCGGUGACGAACAGCUCUGCCUCUCCUGCUGCUCGGAGCGAUAUCGCCGCACCCCUUCGUGAAGAGACCAACCAGCCUCAUCACACCAAGACAUGCUCUGCUUCGGGCCCAUCCAGCGGUGUGAAGCACAAAUCUUCAAAAAGCUCUUUCAACAGUAAGUCUGGACUAAGCAAGAAGAAGGUAGGGGGCGAUAUGUCCCCACCGCAGGCGUUUGAGAGGUCCGGAAGUAUUUCCCCUCUUGUGAACAGUGUGGAUUCUCCAAGCCCAUCUUUCCUCUCCACAGGAAGCGCAGCGACCCCGAGCCCCCCAUCGGAUCCAUCUUCGAUCGCCAGAGUUCGUGCGGCUGAACACUUCGGCGCGUUGACGUCGCCUACCAAACGAAUUGGCAAGCAGGCUGGCCAUGCUAGUUUGAUCGGUAUUCAAUCAAUGCCUCUUCAUUCGGGGACUCGAUCUGCUCUGUCGAAACGUACAGAUACGGAUGCACCAGCACCAGACACCAAGACAAAUGCAGGGGCUCUCGGGCCUAGGGACGCGACCAGAGCGCCAGAGGGAGCCAGCGAACGUCCUCAUCGACCGCUUGUUGCGUCGCACGGACGGGAAGCACAGCGGUUGCUCACAAGCUCACAUGCUCCGCAACCUUCAUCGAAAGAAAUUGAAGCAGGUCACAUUGGCGAACAGCCCUCAUUCUCUAGGCACGCUGAACACGCCGCUCGUCAAAGGCAAUCCACCAAUGCGAUAGCAUCCCUUGCGCAGUCCAUGAGUAAUCGAAAUUCGCACAAGGGUAGAUGGAAGCAAGAUGCUACGCCUGCCGAAAGCCCUCCUCGAAUGAAAUGGACCAAGCUCUUUGGUGGUCGAUACCGCGCGCCAGAGGUCCAAAAGCUUUCCAGGUCCACGGACGACAGUCCCGCUGCGAAGUUGGCUUCGGACUAUCAGAAGCACAGCUUGAGCGACAUAGAUUUGACAGAGCAUCGCGAAGCUACACUGUCUCUUGAUCUCGUGAAUGGAGACGUGACAGAAGAAAUUCGACAGUCGUGCGAUCAAGAAGCUCGCUCACCUUUGCGUGUCUCUCGACGUCCUUCCUGCACGUCCUUACAGCAGGAUGCUGACGCCAACGAAAAGCGAACGUCGAGGGAGAGCUCUGUCAAUUCAGCACCGAGCAAUUCUUGGUUCAGAUCCUCUCGCACAUCAUCGAUGUUCAACAAAAGCGUGGAAGAAGAUGCGGCAGAGGUGACUAGGCAAGCCAAGACGAUGACCAUUUCUGCCGCCCGGCAGAGAGCGCGCUUCGUGAGCGGAACAAUCUUACGUUCGAGACGUGCAAAGUCUGGACGCGAGGCAAAUGGACUGAGUCCUACCACGAGCCCAGCAUCUGCUUCGGUUGAUUCCGAGGAGCCAGUCAGCAAGCCGGCCGACGCAACUACCAGGUCCGAUGCAGAAGCUCCCGAUCCUCCCAAGGUGACGUCAUCCGAUCCGAACGCCCACCCACAGAUCACUGAGGCGAGCGUUACGACCUCUUUGCGAGAACGUUCGCACUCACACUCGGACUCGCUCAGACGACCCCCACCCUCACGGUCUUCGAGACCUCCAACGGCGUCCUCGGACCGGCACGCUGGUUCUAGGCCAACGACUGCUUCAUCAAACAAGAGCGUCGGCUUCGGCACCUCAAGGCGAUCGUCUGGACGCAAUGUCGCCUCGCUCCGGAUCGACACGGCUUUGUGGAAGCCUGCAACAUCAGUGCAAGCAACGCAGCAGUAUGAGGGAGAGGCGGACUACGUGCAGGGUAGGCCCGAAGGUGCUGAUCGAAUGCCGCGGCGAUUGACACUGCGCCCCUCCUCGCGACGAUCGGAAGCAGAGUCUUCGUGCAGGGCGUUCUCCCUCCGGGCUUACUCUGUGGAAGACGAUCCAUUGGACUCGUCGCUCACCUUUGUGGCAACUGCACCAACGCCAGAGCUCGCGUACGGCGCCAUGCCGGAGUCGGUCUCGGAAUACUCACCUGAUGACGAAUUUUACCCUACGCACUUAGCUGCACAAUUGCAAGUCCAAAGACGGUCAAAGAGCUAUCGCCCACAAUCGCGGUCGAGCGUGCGAUCUGGCAUCUCGCAGCGGUCAGCGCGGAUUGCAAAAACGUCGCAGCACCCUCCCGCUACGCCUCAGGAAUCGUCAAUGUCGAAGACAAGACAAUCUCGGGCAUUGUUACUUCGUGUCAAAAGCAAGUCGAUGACCAUUCGGCGCUCCUUCUUGCCUCAGCCACCUACACCAACGCGAGUUCAAUUGAGCGCAAAACGCAAGCGGACAGGAAACUUCAAGCCUCGGCCGCUGCUGUUGGUCGAGUCCAAACAUCAACAAACGCUCGGUGCUGCCACUAUCGAUGACUCGAGCUCUGAGGAUGGCGAAGGGCAAGACGGGGGACAAGGACAGGGCUGGGAAAGCGACACCGAAAACAAGGAGCGUCGCGAGUCAAAAUCAGGGAAGAGUCUGCCGAACGACAAGCCUACAAAUCAGUCCAUUUCGUUGCAAAGCCAGAAUAGUACGUGUUCGCCUGCUGAAGGAAGCCCCCGCUCAGCCGCGCGCGGUCGGGACAUUGCUUCGUCAAGUUCGCAGGAAGUCCCUGCAGCUCGACAUCACCUGACCCAGAAGACGCAUGAAGUGGCGCAAACGUGCUCCGACAUGUCUCGCAAAGAGCCCGUUCGCAUGGGUGUCGCGAAAGCAUAUGCCGUCGCUUUAAUUCUUGGUGUAUCGCCCAAAAUUGGCCGACUUGCGAUCACACAUAGCGUGUCUGGCCCACGAGGCUUGUCGCGACGGGAAAAGGUGCGCUACGAAAGUACAAAGCGCACCGUGAAGCUCGAGCGACAAGAUGCUCUCAGCAAGCUGGAAGGUCAAGUCGAUGCUGCGCACAAAGCGAAAGAUUGGCUGCAGCGUCUGCACAUCCAGAAGAGCGGCUCCUCAGCCAAGGUUCUUGGACCCGACAUGAAAAGGGUCUCAAAAGGCAAGAGAAGAGCUACUGGCUGGGGUGAAGGAACGUCAGAGCUGCUCCGACCAUGCGAAGUCAAAGGCCGAAAUGUCAGUCCUCCGCCAGCAGAGGCGAUCUCAAAGUACAAGUCGAAGGCUUUGCCCCCGCCACCUUUGUCCGGUGCCAUCCAAGACCGGUGUGAUCCAGGACCUAGCAAGCCUGCUUCUGCCCGUCUUGCCGCUCAGUCAAGCUCUGCGCGACUACGUGCAGAGGAGUGGAGUGACGAUCCGAGCGCUUCGAGUGGCGUAGACGAUGGAGAACGCGAUUGGCGCAGGUACUUAGAAGCCCUGAAACCUAUCGAUGCGGAGCAACAUAGACUGUCCGCAUCUCACGGUGGGCAUUCCAGUGCCUGUGCAUCAGUCUCAAGCACGCGGGAGACGGCAUCUCGCACCUCUUCGAGUCGCGCAAGGACGAGACAGAUGCAUCGCAGGAGCGUAGGCAGACGAACAUCCGCUCGACCGAAGGUCACCGGCAGAACCACAUCUCCAUCUGCAUUCUUGAGAGGAGGCGUUACGGUGACGAUGCCCAGUCUCCGUCACAACAAGAUGGAGCUCUUGGAGGUGCCCUGCCGAUCUGCAAAACAAUCGACACGACCUGACUCUCCCACCACGCCUGGCCCGCCCUCUUCUUUCCUAAUGAGCUGAAGCCUGCGAACGCCGCGCACCCCGCAGUGCGGCUCUCGGUCGCGACAAAAGUGCUCAAGUGUAGAGUACAUUGUGAAUCUCGCUUGACGCUGUAUAUUCGGAUAGAAAAUGCUAUGACUUGAU